AUGUCUAGGAAGGUCAAGACUGGAGUUGUACUGGUAAUCGCGGUGCUAUCCGGCGCGCGUGCAGAAGAGCUUCAGAUUGACCCGCUGAUAUACGAGGAGCAGUUGCUAUGGGUCGGCGGUGGAGCCGGUCAGGUCAGCACUUACAGGAUCCCUCUGCUAACCUUCACGACGCGCGGAAGUCUGCUGGCGUUCUCUGAGGCCAGGAAAAUGUCUUCCGGUGACAUCGGCGCAAAGUUCAUCGCACUGAGACGCUCCACAGACAAAGGAGCCACCUGGUCUCCCACCUCAUUCAUAGUGGAUGAUGGUGCUCUAGCAGAUGGGUUGAAUCUAGGUUCGGUUGUUGUGGAUGAAGAGACUGGUGCUGUGAUACUCAUCUACUCGUUGUGUUUCCACCGUUACCACUGCGACCCCUCCAGCACCAUGAUGGUGCAGAGCUUGGAUGACGGGUUCACCUGGAGCGCCCCACGAAACCUCUCCGUUGAGCUGGGGGUGAAGAGCUUUGCUCCAGGGCCUGGCUUCGGCAUACAGAAACGGUAUGCUCCCAAUGUGGGCCGUCUGGUGGUGUGUGGCCACGGAUCCAUCACUGGUGACGGGGUCUUCUGCAUCCUGAGUGAUGAUCAUGGUAAAUCCUGGAGAUAUGGAGCUGCCCUGAAGAGCAUCCCUUACAACCAGCCUAAACAAGACCUGGACUUCAACCCAGAUGAGUGUCAGCCAGUGGAACUCGAGGACGGGAGUAUAGUCAUCAAUGUGCGCAACCAGAACAACUACCACUGCCGCUGUCGAAUAAUAGUGCGGAGUUUGGACGGAGGUGAGACUCUUCCUGUGGAGGAGCUGGUGUUUGACAAAACACUGAUCGACCCCGCCAUCGCAGCCGGAGCCCUGCAGAAACAAGGAGUCAUGUACUUCACCAACCCCUCCAGCACUCAGCACAGGGUCAACCUAACUCUUCGCUGGUCCUUCACUGAUGGGAAGUCAUGGGAAAAGGAGGCAGUCCAGAUCUGGGCGGGGCCAAGCGGUUAUUCGUCUAUGACAUCACUCAAGGGAGAUUCUCCAGAGGACAGCAAAUACAUUUAUGUCAUUUACGAAAAGGGCCAUAAAGAUUACUGUGAGACCAUCUCUUUUGUCAAAAUCCAUCUAUACGGAGGGAAAUAACAUACAGGGAAAUAACAUACAUACAAAAAAUAAAAAAAAUUUUUUUUGAGAAAGCCAAGGUAUCAUUCUGAUGCAAAGUCGUUUUUACAUUUCUUUACAUUAAAUUUGGUCUACACUAUGAAUUGUUUUAUAUGAAUUUCACUCCAGAAAGAAUCAAGGCAUCCUGCUUCAGUGUGAGAUUGAUCUACACAGCAAUAUAAUACAAAAACAACCAUGAUUUUACCCACUGGUUUUUACCUGUCAGUGCACAAAACCUUCUGUAUGUCUUGAAGUUCUCAUAAUUACUUUGUGCAGCUGGUGAGCUGCACAUUGGUCGCACAUGUGUUUUUGGAACUAUUUGAUGGUUUUUAAACCGCCCAGGCACUGAAUAACAUUUUUAUUUUUGUGUUGUUUACAAUAAUGUAAAUGAAGUGAAUCUUCAUGAAGCUACACCAUUCUUAAAAUGGUUGUUUCCUACUGUAUAACAGUGAUUGAUUUGUAAGUCUUGAAUUAAUGUUUUGAAUACAGAAAUGUGAUUUCAUUUGAAUUAUCUUGAGGUGUUUCUCCAAUCCCUGGUGUUGCUUAAAUUAAUGAAGGCCUCUAAAAUGACUGACAUAAACUGGAAGACUAGGGGUUUGAGACAAUCAGCAAUCAGUGUUUGUUCUCCAAAUUAUACAACUGUGAAGUCAGAAAACCCCAUUUUAUAUUGAGCUAUGUCAUUCAUGUGCUUCAGGUUAUAUGGUUUUAUUUACCCAGUCUGGCCUUUUUGUGGCCAUAGAUGUACAUUUAGAUGUCAGACAAUUAUUUUGGUAACAUCUUACUGUAAGUGAAUUUUAAAUAGUACAUGCAAGUUUGUGUUAAAAGUCACCCAAAAGGCUUUCACUUAAUUAAAUUUCAUACUAACACAUUUGAUUUUUCACUUGAUUUGCCGGAUUACACAGGGACACAUUUUAUUGUUCAAUAAAUUUUUCUAUUUUGAUACA